UCUUACAUAGUAAAGUAUAAUAAAAGUCUAUAAAAGUAUUAUUAUUAUUGACUCUCAACUUAUAAAUGUUCAACUCUCGGUAGUCAUGCCGUACAAAUGAUACAUUUCUGAUACAGAAAUAAUGCAAACACUCAACUCUACGGUUAAUGGCCAUUACUCAUCCUCCACGGUUCGAGCUUCCAUCGUCCAAGCCUCCACCAUCUAUAAUGAUACUCCCAAAACCAUAGAAAAGGCGGAGAAAUUGAUUGCAGAAGCGGCGAACAAUGGAUCAGAGCUGGUGGUGUUCCCAAAGGGAUUUAUCGGUGGCUAUCCUCGAGGGUUUAGGUUUGGUAUAGCAGUUGGUGUUCAUAACGAAGAAGGUCGUGAUGAGUUCCGCAAGUAUCAUGCUUCUGCCAUUCAUGUUCCUGGUCCUGAAGUAGAAAAACUAGCGGAGGUGGCUAGGAAAAACAGUGUGUACCUUGUAAUGGGGGCUAUAGAGAAGGAUGGGUAUACACUGUACUGCACAGCUCUUUUUUUUAGUUCUGAAGGUCGGUUCUUGGGUAAACAUCGUAAAGUGAUGCCGACAACUUUUGAACGAUGCAUAUGGGGUUUCGGGGAUGGAUCAACCAUUGCUGUUUACGACACUCCCAUUGGCAAACUUGGUGCUGCAAUUUGCUGGGAAAAUAGGAUGCCUCUCUACAGAACUGCAUUGUAUGCAAAAGGCGUUGAGAUUUAUUGUGCACCUACUGCUGAUGGUUGGAAGGAAUGGCAAUCGUCCAUGCUUCACAUUGCACUUGAGGGUGGAUGUUUUGUGUUGUCGGCUUGCCAGUUUUGUGAGCGUAAAAAUUUUCCUGAACAUCCUGAUUACCUGGUUACCGAUGGGGUCGAAUACAAAGAACAUGAUGCUAUUGUCUCCCAAGGUGGUAGUGUUAUUAUUUCACCAUUAGGAAAAGUUCUUGCAGGACCAAACUUUGAAUCAGAAUGUCUCAUAACAGCUGAUCUUGAUUUUGGUGAUAUCGCAAAAGCUAAGUUAUACUUUGAUGUGGUUGGACAUUACUCAAAACCAGAUGUUUUUAAGUUGAUCGUAAAUGAGAACCCAAAAACCCCGGUUUCAUUCAUGUCCAAGGUGGUGAAACUAGAGGAUGACAUAGAAACUCAAGACAAAUAAUCGAGACUCGAGACAAAUAAUCGAGAUUUGAAAAUCGUGAACUUAUCCUCUCUAUAACUUCUGGAGUUAUUUAUGUUCAAUAAUGUAAGAAAUAUUGUAAAAAUAUAUACGUUGUUUGAUAAAACUAAGGAUUAAUUUGCUCGUUAAAGGCAUAUUAAUAAUAAUACAACUAUUGCGAAUUUAGAAGGACAAAAUAACUUUCAUUCUUGG